AUGGCCAAACUAUUUCUCUUUUUGUGCCUCCUGGCAGUAUGUACUGCUUUGAGAACCUUGAAAGAUCCUGUUGUUAAGAGGAGCAGAGUUCAAAAGCAGGCUAGAGGAUUGUUCGAUGAUAGCAAUAAUCCCAAUUACAAAACAGAUUUCUUUACUACCAAGAUUGAUCACUUCAGUUACACCAACUCUGACACAUUCAAAAUGAAAUAUCUUUACAACAACACCUUCUACAAGCAAGGUGGACCAAUCUUCUUCUACACAGGUAAUGAAGGAGACGUUGAAGAUUUCGCUGAAGCAACUGGAAUCAUUUUUGACUUGGCUCCUAAGUUCAAUGCUGCUAUCAUCUUCGCCGAGCAUCGUUUCUAUGGAUCUUCCAUGCCUUUCGUCAAUAACAAUAUUUCAUACGAGUCAUUGGAUCAUGUUGGAUUGUUGACAUCUCAACAAGCUCUUGCUGAUUACGCUGACUUCCUUUUGUAUCUCAAGUCUCCAAACAGCACUUUCGAAGUGAAAUUCCCAUCUGACAUCAAAAUCAUCGCUUUUGGUGGAUCUUACGGAGGAAUGUUAUCAGCAUGGAUGAGAAUGAAAUAUCCUCAUAUCAUUGCAGGAGCAUGGGCCUCUUCUGCACCUCUUCUUUAUUUCCGCGGAGCUGGAGUCGAUGAAGGAGCAUUCGAUCAUAUCACAACAAGAACAUAUGCUGAAUCUGGAUGUAACAACUUCAUCAUCCAAAACACAUGGAAAGCUGUCCAAAAUAUGUCUUCAACACCAGAAGGUCGUGCCAAGCUUACCAAUAUCUACCAUUUGGACCCUCCAAUGACUGACGGUCCUACUGGUGCUGAUAAUCUCAAUGGAUUCAUUCGCGAAGCUAUCGAGUACAUGGCCAUGACAGACUAUCCCUAUCCAACAUCUUUCCUCGAGCCCAUGCCAGGAUACCCAGUUGUUGCAGCUUGUUUGAAUCUUAAUGCUAAAGGAACUAACUUCACUGAUGAACAGAUUGUGACUUACAUGUACCAAGCUGUUGGAGUAUACUACAACUCUACCGGAACAGUUAAGAGCUAUUGUAUUGACCCAAGUAAAUGCGGAGAUCCAGGAACUUCAGGAUUAGGCGAUAACGGAGCCUUAGGAUGGCCAUGGCAGGAGUGUUCUGAGAUUAUCAUUGACAUGUGCGCUAAGGGCAUGCCAAAUGAUUUCUUCUGGGAUGAGUGCACAAAGGAUAAUAUCGCAAAUCUCGCUGAUGGUUGCAAAUACUAUUUCUCAUAUUUGAAAUGGACAACCAAAGUAUGGAACGUUGAUGCUGUAAAAACAACUUAUGGAUUUGAUUUGAGCGGCACCAGCAACAUUAUCUUGACACAAGGUCGUUUGGACCCCUGGUCUGGUGGAGGAUAUCAGAAAAACAAUACAUCAGCCUCUCAAAGCCGUGGAAUCUAUGUUGUCGAAAUUCCAUCUUCUGCUCAUCAUUUGGAUUUAAGAACUCCCAAUUUCUGCGAUCCUAACACAAUCAGUUUUGCUAGAUUCCAGAUCGUAGACAUCUUGAGCUAUUUCGCUUUUGGAGGCUCAUCACCUCCAACAUUCCAAGACUUACCAAGUCUUCAACAAAGCAAUUUCAAUCAGUCCCAAUGUAAAUAUAUUCAACAAGGAUACCCAUGGGGACAGCGAAGGGGAUCCGCAGCAGGAACUCUUUCACUCACAGCCUUUAUCGUCAUGUUCUAUUCAAUUUUCAAUUAG